AUGUCACUAAAUGGUGAAAAGCGCGCCAAGGAGUUACCAGCUUGUCCAGAUGCGUCGGAGGCCAUUCACCAAUUGGUAUCUCUGCUGAACCAGUACUGUUCUGAUGGUAGUUUCGAUACCCUGAAGGGAGUUGUUGGGGAGAAUGAAGAACUCAAGCGAGACACUGCGAAGCUCCAAACCGCAUACGAUACGAACAUUCAAGCACUGUCCCGGCAUCAGGCUGAGACUAAAAGACAAAAUGACGAUUUCGAAAAGCAACUGAGUUCCCAGAGAGCACAGAAUGAGGCGACCCUCAAAGCCAAGCAAGCGGCUGAGGACAAUAUUAAGAAGCACAAAGGUCAACUGGCGACACUUCAAGACAAGCUCGAAGGCCAGUCGUUAGCUGCUAAACAGUUGAUGAACGAGAUCAAGAAAAAAGAGUCCACGAUUAGCUCUCUCGAGGACUUCAAAGCGUCACAGCAGGAAAAGGCGACGAAGGCCGAAAAGGAGCUGGCAACACUGAGAAGCGCGGAAAAGUCUAUGCAAUCACGCAUAAAUGACCUGGCUAGAGACUUAGAGGAAGCGCACGGAAGGUUGAUGACGUUUCAUUCCAUCAUGGUCAAACUUGAUAAGUUUGAGGCCAGGAGAGCUGAAAUUGGAGAUGCCUUGGACAGUAUACUCAACAAUUGUCUCGGCUUUGUGGAAUCGUUUAUAGGCGUUGCUCUAGACGACACAUGCUUGACCGACACGACAAUAUGGGGAAGGGUUCGGAAUCACGCCUCGAUCCAGCGUACUAUCCCACUACCUGCUUCUAACUCACCGGCCGCCAAGCAAAUGAGAGUUGCUGCCGGCCUUCGGAUAUACAGCAUAGCCUUGGCUGACAAUGUCUUUAGAUCAACUUACCUUACCCAGAACAAUGACCUUGAUGAUGUUCUACGGGACUUGGAGACAGAAGACCCGCUGCAUGAGGCUUUCGCACGUGCAGUUCUAUUAAAGAUACAGCCAACGAGACAGGCUCGAACUAGAGAAGUUCGCGUCAAGAUGGUCGUUGACCAGGUAUCAGACGCACUCGCCGACCUGGUCCCCAUUUCGCAGCGACAAGCGUUUGAGGCACGUCUGCGUCAGGUUUCAGCGGAGGCAUGCAACGCCUGGUCAGUCGUUCAGCAGUUACUGGAACCAGUUCGUCCGGUUUUCUCCUCGCAUAUGUUUGAGGAUUGGGUGGCAUUUCCGUCAUUGACAGCCCAACGCAACGGCAAGACUGAGUCCUCCUGCGGUGCUGGGAAACCCUUGGUAACGCGGACAGAGAAAUCGGAUCGGGAAGGGCAAUCGCCCACGGCUGAAUCUCAGUCGAUGGAAACGGACGACAUCAUACAGGUUGUCUGGCCAGCAUUUUCUGUCCCAUCUUCCCAACAGGAGGAUGAUGUCGGUAACCAAGUUCCAGAAAUGGUCCACCGAGGGUACGUGAUCACACGGUCGCAAAUCAAGGAUGCGGAGGAAGAGAUGUCUCGUAGGAAUGCGAGAAAGAACGCAAGGCAGAACAGUGCACACAGUUCUACACAGAAGAAGAGGCGAGAUUCGGCAGUCUUUUUAUCCAAGGGUUUCUCGACCGGUAUCGGUACCGAGAAGGGCCAUUAA